UCAAGUUUUUGUUAUUUUUGCAUAGUUUGUUGUUCUGGCAGUUGUUGUUGACAAAAACAUAACAUUGUACGUUUAACUGUAAGUAGACAUGUCGGGAAACGAUGGGUUCUAUAAAGAAGCGUUGGAACAUUGUCGCACGUUCAAUAGUCGGCUGAUGACAGAACGAAGGGUUCGAUUGCCUUACCUAGAUUCCCAAACAAGAGUCGCACAAAGUGAUUGCUGCCUUUGGUUCAAAAGAAGACAUCGUGGACCUGGUUUAAAACCAAACCAAGUAUAUUGCUACCCCAGCAAAAGAUGGAAGAAACGACCCCGUUUCACCCCGCUGGUGGACCCCUCGUAUGAAGCAAUGGCUGCUGCAAACGAUUACAAAAGUAUGCUGAGAUCCUCUGAUGUCCCUCAUCAUCUGAUCAAUGAAAACUCGAACGAUUCAAGCAGCAUGAACACGAUAACUUCUGCGAUGAUCGACGCCGACAACGAAAUGCUCGAUAACGUUUCAAACAACGAGGAUAACGGGGCUAUCGACGAGGACGAAGAUUUCGAAGAUUUUGAAAACGGGAAGUCAAAGAAAAAGGGAAGGAAAAGUCAAUUUAAGGCGGCCACAAGAUCUGGUAGAAAGAGCGACGUCACUACUGAUGAUAAAUAUCAUACAUGUGAUUACUGUGGAAAGAAAUACAAGAACAAGACUGGGUUAAACUACCACGUCCAGCAUGUGCAUCAAGAUGAACUCGAUGCAGAUGAGGAAUAUACUCCAAGUGGAAGACACUCACCAUCCUCCAUUAUGUCCGAUGAUCAUCAUUCAACCUCAUCAAGAACUUCUGCCAUCGCUGCUCAGAAAGCUGUGGCAGCAGCAGUUGCUGAUAUAAGUGAGGUUGAAAUCAUCGAACCACGACCAAAACGUAAACGACAAACUCAGUCGAACAAUUAUUGCGAUUUCUGUCUCGGAGAUGCAGAUGAGAAUAAAAAGACGGGAGAAUCUGAGGAGUUGGUUUCGUGUUCUGAUUGUGGGAGAUCUGGCCAUCCUACGUGUUUACAGUUCACUGAUAUAAUGACAAUGAAUGUAAAGAAAUACAGCUGGCAAUGCAUUGAAUGCAAGUCAUGUCAUGUGUGUGGAACAUCUGAUAACGAUGAGCAGUUAUUGUUCUGUGAUGACUGCGAUAGAGGAUACCACAUGUAUUGCCUUCAACCCCGAAUGGAAAAUCCUCCAGAGGGAAGCUGGAUUUGUAAUCUUUGUGAAAACGAUAGAAAAGAACGAGAAAAACUGGCAAGUCAUGGGACACUAAGUUUGUGAGUUAGCGGCUCAUUUACAUUGUUUGUUGCUGAGGAAAUGACAUCACUGCCUGUUAUACCAACCAUGGGCAGAUAUCUUUUGUAAAAUCAGAUGUUUAGGCCAAAACACGCAUGUUAUUAUUUUAAAUUGAUGCAGUAUCCCCAGUUUCCUCCUUAAGGUGGCUGUACACAGUAUCCGGCAUGAGAAGUCGUAUGCAAACCCAUUACCGAGUUCCGCAUGCGGCAGCGAAAUCCGGGCAAAACAGACAAGACGAAUUCUGGAUACUGUGUACAGCCACCUUUACUAUGUGGUCCAUGAGCUACUCCAACGCAUAUCCAUAUUAGGGGCCCAUGAUACCCACAUAAUAUUAAGUGGUAAGCAGUUCAAAUGGUCCAAGAUAGCAAGUUACCAAUCCCUAUUCCACUUUUCCAUAAACUAAUGGAAUUAUAAGGUGAUUAGUUGCACACUUGUAAAAAUUUAAUCAAACAUAUUGCUGAAAAGUUUUGCCACCAAGAUUGCAAUCAUAUUAUUAUAAAAAUGCUAUGUAACUACAGACAACAGUCACAGAUACUACAUGGACCAUUCUGUUUGUAAAUAAAACAUUUUUUUCCAAAAGUCUCUUUUUUUGCAUUUGUUGUGUUAUAAGCAGUAUAUUAAAGCUUUGGGAUAAAAUGCUAUAUUUGAAUAUAUAGCCCACACCCUUCUG